AUGAAUUUCAAAGCUUUUUUCUUCCUGUUGCUAGCAAAUAUUGUUGAAUGUUUUGAUGGAGAAAUAUUGAAAUAUUCUCUGAACAUUGAUUUGACGCCUUUCUACAUUGAUCGUAAGGUUCCAUGAUUUUUAAAAUACGUUUUUGUUCCUUACUCUUUUUGGUGGUUUUUUCAGACGAAGACAUAUUUAAUGGACAUGUCGGAAUCCAUUUAAAAUUGAACAAGCCUUCGAGUGAGCUGAUUCUGGAUGCUGAAAAUCUAAAAAUCUCGUUGGUUAAAGUGAAUAAUACAGUUGUAAAAGGGUCGCUCAAAGAGAAGAAGGUCCAUAUCAGCGGCCAGUUCAAAAACGCUGAUUAUUUUGUGGAUAUCGGGUACUCCGGGAUCAUAAAUAAUCAUAAGACUGGAGGAUUGUACAAAGUUCUAUACAAGAAAAAUACAAAGUAAGUUAUUGCUUGGAAUUUGGUAAAAUACGGAAUUCUCAUUUUUUUCAAAAUUUUUUUACGCCAAGUGGAAUGAUUUGUCAGCGGAACCCGACUGAACUUUGUUUCAGAGCCCUCCUGGCCACUCAUUUGGAGCCUGAAAAGGCAAGAGCUGUCUUCCCAUGCUUUGACGAUCCCAAUUUGAAAGCAAAAUUUCAACUAUCAAUUACCCUUCCAAAAGGCUUAACGUCCUUCAGCAACACUGAAAUUCUCAGUAGAUCAACCAUUUCGUAAGCUGUAGAUGUGCAAUUAUAUUUAUCAACUUACUUUAGUGAUCGACUUGAGAAAGUUGUCUUCGAUGAAACCCUUUCAAUGUCCACAUUCUUAUUCGCGCUUGUUGUUGGCGAGUUUAGAGUCAAAGAAAUCAAAUACAAGAAGCGGGUGGACUUACGCAUAGCUACGGUUAUUGAAAAUAAGGAAUUGCUGGACAAAGUUAUGGGGUAUGCAGUCGACUGUCUUGAAUCAAUGGAAGAAUACACUCAAGUGGAAUAUCCAAUGAACAAACUGGGUAGGCAUGAGAAAACACAAAAUACAAAAGGUGUUUUGAGGGUAGACGUAUUCCGGCCAUAUCUUUACAGUUUUUUCGUCGAAAAAACUUGAUUUUAUGAAUGUAUAAGCAUUGCCUUCUUCGUCGUAAAUCAGGCUGAAAUUUUUUGUUAAAAAAGUGUCAAAUUUUGGCCAAGCUUGGACUGAAAAUCUCAGCUCUUUCUGCAAAGCACAUGCCAGAAAUCUCGCAUAUGUCAUAAAAAAUCAUGUUGAGUUUAGCCAAGUUUGAUUAAUAUCUGAGCGUCGCCCGUCAAUCUGACAAGGAAAGUACUUUUAUGGGGGCUCCUACCUUUUGACGGGACAUAUCUCAAAAAAUCAGAAAAAAUGUGCUGAUCAAGGAUAUAUAAAUCCUAGCUGCCCAUUGUAGGUUUUUAGGGGUGAAAACUCGAUCGGAAGUUGACUUAAAGUCCUAUAUGAACCCCUUUUCGCUUAAUUUUUCACAGGUUUACAAUUUUUAUUUUGGCUUAAAAUAAUGUUUAAUGAGUUUCUAAGACGUAAUAAAUCAGUCUUGGCACAAAAAUUUAUUUUUCCGACCUUCAUCUUCAAAAAAAGUUGAUUCGGCCCAAAAAGUAAAUCGAACCCGUGCGGCCUCCUCCCUCUUGAUUCCCAGACUACGGCACUAACCACUCGGCCACACCGCUCUCGUCCGAAGGAAGAGACCGACCGCGCUUUUUAUCGUUUCGAAUGCCCGCGCCUUUUGUAGGGAAAUUAAGCCAGUUUUUGGGUAUUUCACCCCUAAAAACCUAAAAUGGGCAACUAAGAUUUAUAUAUCCUUGAUCAGCACAUUUUUUCUGAUUUUUUGAGAUAUAAAGCGGGAGAUAAAAGAUUUUCUAAAAAAUUUUUGAAAUUUUUCUGUUUUUACUUUUUUUUUUUAAAAAAAGUAAAUUUUCAGUUUACUUUCCGGAAAAUGCAAAAUAAAGUCAAUUUUGUUUCUGGCUUUCCGACUUCAAGGUCGGGAGUAGGAUCGGAUCUUACUCCCCGCUCGGAGUCGUGGAAAGUCAGAGAUUGUUUUUACUCUCAUCCUCUUUUUGGCCCUGCACUGCAGGUUGCAAGGUUGACGCCAAGUCUUUCCCCGAUGUGUCAAGUUUUUCUCUUCCGAAAAAAUUAUUUUUAUUCUUGUGCGAUAUUGUGAAGCUAUUUUCUCCACGAACAUGAGCUGAAAAGUGAUCAAGUAAGUUAGCAUUAGCAAGAGGAGAUGUACUUUUGUCAUUUGACACCUAAAAUUCCCCUUUUAUUUCAGAGGAAGGUACAAAAUUUUUCCAAUUCGUAAAGCUUCAUGACCAUGGAUAAUGUAAGUGCGCUUAUCGCGUUUUUUGCUACGAGUUCAAGGUUCUACGUCGUUUAGGGGAGACCCCACUCUCAUGUAUAUUCUCCAUGUAUGAAACCCCAUCAAUUUUGAGGAAUAACGACGUAAAAAUUUCAAAUACUAAGUUAUUGUAACAACGUUAUUUGAGCCUUAUUACGUUAUGACCUCAGUUUAGAACGCCUUCGCGGCAAAAAUCCGGCAAAUCUGAGCGGAUUUCGAUAUUGUACAUGACACCUAGAUAUUAAAAUUGGUGGCGCUUGAUAGAUAGAGAAUAUAACAAAACUAAAGAGUGAGGUGUCCUCUAGAACUCGCCAGCCUAGAACUGUUAACUCCAAUAACGGAACAACAAACGCGAUAAGCGCACUUACAUUAUCCAUGGUCAUGAAGCUUUACGAAUUGGAAAAAUUUUGUACCUUUCUCUGAAAUAAAAAGGGAAUUUUAGGUGUCAAAUGAAUGAAGAACAUCUCCUCAUACUAAUAACAACUUACUUGUCUAGUAUUCAUGCCAUCUUCAUGUAGAAACAGGCUGCACAAUAUCGAAAAAAGGAGAAAAAUAAUUUUCUUCCGGGAAAGAGAAAUUUGACACAUCUGGGAAUUCCCGGGUGAUCAACGCUCGGGCGCAGCUCACAAAAAUAGUUUUGAAGAAAAUAAGUUGGCGUGAAGGUGAGUAAAAACGGCAUCCUCCUCACCAGCCAAAAUGUGCGAGCCAUUUUUGUUUCAACUUUCGGGAUCGACCUUUUGGCGAGCCAUUUUUGAUCCAACUUUCCAAAAAUUUGUCGUUCGGAGUAAGAAUGUUUUUUGACUUUCCGAAAUCGAAAAUUUCCGGAAAUUUUUGAAAAUUUACUUUUUUUUAAAAAAAAAAGUAAAAACAGAAAAAUUUCAAAAAUUUUUCAGAAAAUCUUUUAUCUCCCGCUUUAUAUGUCCCGUCAAAAAGUAGGAGCCCCCAUAAAAGUACUUUCCUUGUGAGAUAAGCUAAAACAGUCCGGUGAAUGGGAUCGGCAAUUUGCCCAAAAAAAGACGCGAAAAAACGUUUUGUCGGGGAAUAAAUGGGGAAUUUUUGGGGCGAGAGAGUACGAUUUUGCGUGUCUUUUUUCUCUCUUUCUCUGGAAAUCAAGACGAAAUGUAAAAAACCGAUAGCGAAGGGUCUAUUCCGGUCACCGGACUCCUCAGUUUGACGUGCGUCGCACUUCGAGCAUUUCUUCUGUUAAUUAAAUUAGGCCCUUUUUGUGUAUCCCUCGUUCCCCAGUUUUUUUGAUCAAUAAAAGUUAGGUAUCAAUCAAAACCACAUUUUGAUGUUCCAGACCACAUCGACGUCCUUCGAAUGCCCACUUUGGCUAUGCAAAAUUUUGGCCUUAUUACUUACUCCAACUCAUUUGGCGUUACAUCAGACCUCGAGAUCAAGGAAGAGUUGGAACAGCGCCGUUUGGUUUGUCACGAAACCGCUCAUCAAUGGUUUAGCAAUAUCAUCACCACAAAUGAUUGGGGUCAAAUCUUUUUGCAUGAAGGAUUUGCAACUUACUUUGAAGAUAUCGUAUUUAAAACUUCAACAAAUGAUGAGAAAAUAGCAUUGGAAACAAAGAGAGUUCAGAAUUUCCAGGAAGGAAUUCAAGAGAAAUUAUUUAAUGGACAUCCGAUUAUUUCGAAGAAGUUUGUUUCCGAUGGUAAGUAAAGAACAUAUAACACGUUGAUCGAUAUUUUUAGAGACAGUGUAUUUGAGUGCUGGCGCUGUUAUUCAAAUGGUUGAGAAUGUAAUUGGAAGAGAAAAAUUUAGAAAUUCAAUUCAAAUUUUGAUCGAGGAGCAUUUUCUUGGUAAUUUUGAUUACAAUGACGUCAUCAACGCUUUUGAAAAAGUAAGAAAGUCGUCUAAGAAAGUGGUAUUUUUUGACACAAACGAAGUUAUAGCGUAUUUAAGAGCGAAGGAAUAA